AACCGGGAGCAAAGCACACCUGUACGCGCGCCGCGUGCCUUGCUGACGCUCGAGAAGCACUCGCAGCGCCCGCCUCCCCAGCGCUGCGAUCACUACUACACCCGGCAGCACUCGCCCUGCGAGCAAAAAUUACUGUAAAGGAUGAUGCGCUCGGGAGGACGCCGAGGCAACUUCCGCGGCACCGUCGAGUCGCCGUUCCUGCGGCAUCGCUUCACCGACGCGCGCCAGGACAACUUGCUACCUUCAUUAAGGGAGGCCGCCGCGGCGCUGUGCCGCAACGCCGACCGCGAGACGCUCGUGGAGGUCGUGAAGCUCCUCGAGGGCGCGGACCCGCGCAACAAGCUGGCGCGGCGCGCCGCGCUCCAGUUGAUGGGCGACGAGCCGCGGACGCCGGCGCCCGCGCCGCUCAUGCCGCCGCCGCCGCCGCGGAACCAGCAGCUCGCCAAUCGCGAGACGCAGGCCCUGGCCUCCAUGCCGCCGCCGCCGCCGCCCUCUUCGCAAACUUCGCCGACGCGCUCCUCGCUCACGUCCUUUCUAGGCGAGGCGGCGUCGAACGCGGCUUCUAGCAUAAGCGAGGCCGCGACGUCGUUGUUGCGCACGCCGUCCGUCGAGGCGCGCCAGGUGCGGACGGCGAGCGAGGACCAACAAAAUGAUAGGGAGACGCGCGUAAGGCGCCGCGUCGACGAGUUUAUUAAGAGAGAGGGCGACUCGCUCAAGCGCAGCGCCUCGACGCCGUCGCUGUCGCAGCGCGACAUCACCGAAAGUGCGGACUCCUCGCCGAAGUCGCCGCCGCGGCCCGUGCUGUCGGCGUCGUGCGCCAUGCUCCAGCAGCUGAACAUCACGGCGUCGCAAGCGCGCGUCAAGCUCGGCCUCGACUUAGGUGGCUCUCUGACAAAACUCGUCAUCGCGACGCCGCUCGAGGACACGGACACGCCGACGACGCCGCGGACGAACAAGCCUCAUUUAAGAGUCGCGUGCGACGUGAAUGGGGUGCGGACCCGGUUGCAAUUCGUCUCGGCGGCCACCGAUGAGUUGGAAGAAGUGCUGGCGGCCCUAGGAUGCUCCGACAACGAGGACGAGGACGAGGAGCGCCGGUCGUUUAACCGGGCAUCUAGAAGGAUCGUCGCGGCCGGCGGCGGCGCCCAUAAACUCAGGAGGACCUUCCGGUCAGCUUUAGGUAUUGAGUUCAAAGCGUUUCCCGAGAUGCAAAGUGUUGUAGACGGUUUAUUAUUACUACAUGAAUUGAAUGUGCCGGACGAGGUCUACACGGCGUCGGGCGGCGAGGCCCACGAGAUCGACAUCGGGCAGCGGUUCGGCGAGCCGGCUCAGUGGCCGCAGCCUUUGCUACCUCUGCUAUUAGUGAACGUCGGCAGCGGCGUCUCGUGUUUGGUGGUGAACAAGGAGGGCUACACGCGCGUCGGCGGCACGGCGCUGGGCGGGGCGUCGUUCCUGGGUCUCGCGCGGGCGCUGACCUCUGCCACGACUUAUAGGGAAGCCUUAGCAUUGGCAGCUAGAGGCGACUCGUCCGAGGUCGACACGUUGGUCGAGGACAUCUACGGGAGCACGGGCUGCGUCGACCUGGGCCUGCCGCCGUCGUUGACGGCGGCGUCGUUCGGCAAGCUCGCGCGGCAGGGCAACCGGUCGGCGCGCGACGAGGACGUCUGCCGCGCGCUGCUGGAGAUGGUGGCGCAGUCGUGCUGCGUGCUGGCGCGGGCGCACGCGGCGCAGUGGCGGUGCCAGGAGCGCGUCUUCUUCGCGGGCGGUUUUUUGGAUGAGAAUCCUCUCGCGCGCGCGACGAUCGCCAACUCCCUCAAGUCGCUCGGGAGUCCUGCGCACUUUCUGCGCCACUCUGAUUUUUUGGGAGCGCUCGGCGCGACGGCGCACGCGCUCGACCACGACCACUCGAUGAAGCUCGAGAUGAAGCCAGGGAUGUGGGCGCCGGGGCACUCACCCCCGCCGCGGCGGCGCCAGUUGUCAUCGGCGGCGGACGUCGACGUCCCAUAA